CGUCUGACAUUGAACAGAGCUACAUAUUAUUGUAUUGCAUUGUUUUGCAUUGCAUUGUAAUUGUACCGCGAACAUGGCAGCAUUUACAUCUGAAUUCGAUGAGCAAGUAGAGGAGCUGAUGAAGGAAUUCCACGUCCCGGGUAUCUCCAUCGCCAUUGUGAAGAAAGAUGACAUCCAAGCAAAGGGCUAUGGCUACGCAAAGUUGUCGAGCGACGACAAAGUGACAGCAGACACGCUGUUCGACUGCGCCAGCACAUCCAAGUCCUUCACAGCAUCGGCCGUCGCAUUGCUCGUCCAGGACGACGAAAAGUUCCCAGACGUCCAUUGGGACACUCCCGUUUCGAAGCUCCUGCCAGAUGACUUCGUGCUGGCCGAUCCGAUGUACACCGAGCAUGUCACCAUCGAGGACAUCCUCAGCCAUCGUAGCGGCAUGCCACGCCACGACGAGUCGUAUUUUAGCUAUCGCGGAGCGAAUCCCGACACGCCCAAAUCCAUCACAAGAAACCUGCGCAAUCUCCCUCUAUCCAGGCCACUGCGGGUAGAGCACCAAUACUGCAACAUAAUGUACACAGCCGCCAGCUACCUCGUCGAAACGCUGAGCGGACAAUCGUACGCCGAAUUCCUCAAGACCCGAUUCUGGGAGCCGCUAGGCAUGACCAACACCUUCCACGACAUCUGCGAAGUGCAAGCCGGCAACGCAACGGACCGCCUCGCGCAAGCGUACACCUGGGUCAAGAAGAAAGAAACCUACAAGCCGAUCCCGAUGUUCAACCAGCCUGAGGGGACGGGCGCCGGGUGCAUUUUCAGCUGCGCGAAUGACUACGCGAAGUGGAUCCAGACGAUGAUCAAGCGCGGCGGUCCGCUGUCCGAGGAGUCGCACACGGAGUUGAGGAGGCCGCGUAGUAUACCGCUCGAGGACGAGGACGAUGACGUUCCGUUCUUGAGUCCGGCGUUGUAUGCGAUGGGAUGGUCCACGGAGUCGUAUCGUGGCAUUCCUGUCGUUGCGCACGACGGCUCGGUCCCGGGGUUCAGCAGCGUGAUGCGGUUUCUGCCGAAGCAGGAGUGGGGAAUAGUGGUGUUUGGAAACUCGAAUCAUGCUUGGAAGGUCGCGGAGGCGGUGUUCAAGCGCUUGAUGGAUGAUCUCCUCCGGGUCCCUGUUGAUGAUAGAGUCGAUUGGGCGAAAUAUUAUCGCGACCUGACGAAGAAAUGGGCGGCGGAGGCGGAGGAAGAGAAAGAAAGCAAUCCCUACAAGACUGUUCCAGAUCCAAAACUUCCUUUAAGUGUGCCCGUUGAGGCUCUCGUGGGCAAGUACUGGCAUCCGGGAUACAAAGAAAUCACCCUUCGGGUCGCGGACGGAAAGCUUCGUACUGAUUGCUUCGAUCGAUGUACCCCUUUCGUGAUCGGAUUCGAGCAUUUCUCUGGGACUCUCUUCAUUGCCGAACUGAUCGAUCUUGACGAGGACGAUUGCAAGACGCCGGAGACAGUAUUCGAGGCUUAUUCGGAUUAUGCCAGAAAGCAGAAGUCGGAGUUCAAGAUCGAUUCCAGCGGAAAGGUGGAGUCGCUGGGUAUUGAGUUUGGCGAUGAGAAGGAUCCGAUGAUUUGGUUCAAGAAGCUUGAUUCAUGAGUCUAAAAGAAGGGAGAACUGAUUAUUUUGCGGUAGUAAGUACUGCUGCCAGACUAUAUAAUUGGAGAAAUAUUACAGAC